AAUAAUUUUUUAAUUAUAGAUAUAAUUAUAUUUCAAAAUGAGAUGCUAAAAUGUAUUCGUGCAUCAUACAUCAGCACAACUACAAUAAAAAUGAUGAGUUCAUACUCUAAACAGCUUGAUAGAUUCAAGUUUCCUGGCAUAAAGAGUCUUUUAGAUGAUGAUGUUGUAGGCUUGUGUAAUAUUUUUAUAAAAAAGGGUUUUGAAAUCCGAAUUGUUGGGGGGGCAGUUCGAGAUGUACUAUUAGGCAAUCCAGCUAAAGAUAUUGAUCUUUCCACUACUGCUACUCCUCAACAAAUGGUUGAGGUUUUUUCUGAAAAUAAAAUUAGAUUUAUUGAGACAGGAUUAGCUCAUGGCACAUUAACUGCUCAUUACAAUGGCAGAGAUUUUCAGGUAACCACUCUUCGUUAUGAUAUCAAAACAGAUGGCCGUCAUGCAAAAGUUGAGUUUACAAAUGACUGGAAAUUGGAUGCUGAACGACGUGACUUGACUUUCAAUAGCAUGAGCAUGGAUGUAAAUGCUGUACUAUAUGAUUAUUUCAAUGGAGAAAAUGAUUUAAAACAAGGCGUGGUUCGUUUUGUUGGCAAUGUUGAAAACCGCAUUCGAGAAGACUAUUUACGCAUAUUACGUUAUUUUCGUUUUUAUGGUCGCAUAGCUCCAAAUAUUCAUAGUCAUGAUGAAAAGACAUUAAACACUAUUAAAACCUUAUCAGAAGGACUGAAGAAUUUAGCUGUAGAAAGAAUCUGGUUAGAAGUUAGCAAAAUUUUAACUGGUCCACUUGCUCCUCACUUACUUUUGUUGAUGCAGCAGCUUAAUGUUACAGAAAGUAUCGGUUUUCCUAUAGUCCUUGAAGAUAAUUUAAAGUUAUUUGAAACAGUUUGGACACAAACUCGGAAUGUGGAUGUCUCUCCUGUUACCCUGCUUGUAACUCUUUUAGAAAAUGAAAAGAUAAUGGAAGACUUUGGAUCUAAGUGGAAAUUAUCUAAUAAAGAACGUAUUAUGGGCUUGUUUAUUAUUUCGCAUAGAUCUUUGCGCAAUUAUUCUGAAAAGUGUCCAUUAAAACCUUACCAAGAUUUAAUUGUAUUAAAUUCAAGUAAAGGAGAUGCCUCGGUGCGCGAACGCGUCCGUCAAUUGAUGUUUUAUCAUGGAAAAAUUACUGAAAGUUUUGAAUUAGAUAAGUGGGAUAUACCCAUAUUUCCGAUUACAGGCUUAGACUUAAAAAAUUGUGGAAUAAAACAAGGACCAGAGUUUGGUAAAAUUUUAAUUAAGUUAAAAAAGAUUUGGAUGAAUAGUUAUUAUUGCGAUUCUAAAGAAGAUCUAUUAAAAAAGAUACCUGAAAUUUCAAAAUUAAAAUAACCGAAUUUCAAAACAAAAAAAAAAAAAAAAAAAAUUUUGCUUCGAAAUUUAUUAUUGAAUUGUUUUUUUUUUUUUUUUUUUUUAAAUUCAUAAUUAUAACCUUAUUACAACUCUUAUUUUUGAAAAUAUAAACAUUAGUUUCGGC